AUGAACAAUAAUGAAAAUAAGGAAAUUGAUUCAAUUCUGUACAUGUUAAAGCCUCUGAUAGUGAUUGAAAAUUGGUUUGGAAAGUUUAGAUACCGAAAAGUAAAUGGUCAAAUAACAAUAUUGAGUAGACGAAUGAAAUUGUAUGGAAUUUUCGUUGUGCUUAUUUUAAUAGUACCAUAUAUUGUAUACUUCGUUAACCUUUUACUGAACACUGAUUUGUCUAUAACACGAAAUGUUAUAGAACUGGUGGAUGAGCUUGUCACAGUGAUUAUGAUCGUGCAACAUAUUAUCUCAAUGGCAAUUUUUUUAAGUUAUAGCAAAAAUAACAUACGGAUUAUCAAAGAAAUUGCUCAUAUUGAUGAGAUUUUAAACAAAUCAACCGAUAAAAAGGGCUACAAAAAAUUUCGGACGCGACUCCAAUUUCAAAUAUUUAUAUUUGUGUCGGUUUUGUUAAUGAUGUGUAUCUUCACCAUGAUUAACCGAGAUGAUCAAGAUAUUAAAAUAACAUUACUAGCAAAAGCAUAUGUUGUAAUUGGUGAAACCAAUGAACUAAUCAAUAAAGUUUUCCAAUUUCAUAUUUUCAAAAGUCUAACGUCAACGUUCAUCUAUAUUAUAAUUAUAAUAUGGACAUCGAUUUAUUAUUUGCGUAUAUCAAAUAAUACCGAAUUCCUUAUUCGCAUUAUUUUAUUUUGUAUUUUUGAAAUAAUGUCAAUCGGUAUAAUGUCUUAUGCCUGUGAAUCAAUACAUUUGAAACGCAACUCUAUUAAAAUUUUGGUAAAUGAACUCAUUAUGGAUUACGACCUUUCACCAGCAUUGAGAAUUGAAGCUAAAGCUUUUACAGAAGUGAUACAAGUCUGGCCAUUGCACAUAUUCGUAUACGAUAUGUUUUCUAUAGACAUAAAACUCAUUGUAAAGUUUAUAAGUGUUUCAACUACAUAUCUUAUUAUUAUAGUCCAACUAUCUCACUUUUUCUAA